AAGUCUGUAAGAUGGUAUCGGCAGGCAGAAACCCCAGGAGGUUUACCGAAAGCGGUCUCUAGGGCUUAACUGUUUAAGGCAACGCUCGAAAUCUCAUCCUUUCUUCUGCGGCUAAUCCAGUGCCGCCUGUAGGGUUUUUGGUCCGGUCGAUUUCACUACGAGGAUUGUUCUUCUAAUGGCGAGUAGAAAGCUGAUUCGAGAUUUACUUAUCACAAAGCAGCCUCUUUUCCUGCAAUUGACGCACCAACGGAGAGUGGGCGCAAGGCUAGGGUUUCUACCGACCAAUGGGUAUGCGCUUCAUCGCCGGUUCAGCGUUUUCAGCGAGUUCUCGAAGAAAAUUAGAGGGGAAGCUGAAAGCAAUCCUGAGUUCCAACGAACUGUGAAGGAGCUCAAGGAAAAGACAGAAGAGUUGAAAGGUGUAAAAGAGGACCUGAAAGUUAGAACAAAAGAAAAGACUGAGCAGCUGUACAAGCAAGUUGAUGGGGUCUGGACUGAGGCUGAAUCUGUGGCAAAAAAGGUUUCUUCAAGUGUGAAAGACAAGUUCUCAGCAGCCACAGAAGAGGUCAAGGAGUCAUUCAAGCUCGGUAAGGAGAAGAAUAAGGAGGAGAAUGCAGAGUCAGCAAGUUCAUCGGGCACAGGAGCCUCUGGAGGAGAAAACCAGCAGAAGCAGCAGCAGCAAUCAAGCACUACUGAGGACCAACAGACAUUAUUUGGAAAAUUCAAGUCAAGCAUUUCUUCACCCCUUGACUUAGCGAAGAAAGGAAUUGACAUUGUGAAGGAUGAAUUGCGAGGAAACUCGUCUAAGAAGAAGCACCUGGAAUACACGCCUCCCCCGCCAUUUACAGGCGAGAGAAGUACAAGAACGGAUAUGGUGGUCAUGCCAACAAAACAGUCCAAGUGGCAAAAAAAAUGGGAAUCCUUUAGAGAACAGAUGCAAGCUUAUCCUGUAUUUAAACGUCUAAGCGGGAUCAGUGAGCCUGUUGUCAACAAGAGCCAAGAGAUUGCAGAAGAUGUGAGGGAAAGAUGGGAAACCAGUGACAGCCCGAUUGUUCACAAAAUUCAGGACAUGAAUGAGGCACUCUUUCAGGAAACAGAUUCUGCAUCAACUUACAAAGAGAUACGCCGCCGAGAUCCAUCGUUCUCCUUGCCAGACUUUGCUGCAGAAGUACAGGAAGCCAUCAGACCAGUCUUGAAUGCAUACAGCAAGGGAGAUGCUGAGACCUUGAAGAAGUAUUGCAGUAAGGAAGUGAUUGAACGGUGCAUGGCAGAGCGUGCAGCUUUCCAAAGUAACGGUUUUUUUUUCGAUCACAAGCUUCUGCAUAUAUCGGAAGUCGAAGUUCAAGAGACAAAGAUGAUGGGAACUACACCAAUAAUCGUCGUCAGGUUCCAAACGCAACAAAUCUACUGUGUUCGCGAUAAGAAUGGCAAAAUUAAAGAAGGAAGCCAGGACACGAUACACACGGUGUACUACUUGUGGGCAAUGCAACAAGUGGAGCCAGAAGAGUUAGGGGAAGAAGCUAUUUAUCCCAUAUGGAGGCUCAGAGAGAUUAUGCAAGUUGGUGUUCAAGCUCUCAUUUAAAUCUUUUGCCUUUUUAACCUUAAGCUAAGCCUCUUUCUCUCUCGCUGCAAUGCCCCAUUAUAUACUCAAAUCCUGUUCACUCUUUUCCCUCCAUUUCGGGAAGAAGUGGGUUCCCAUGUUUCCGGGGGAUAAGUUUUGACAAAUAUUUGAUUAGUUCCCAUGUCUUUUUAUAAGGCUCUUUUUUCUGUGUCCGAGCUAGGCUAAAACUCUUUGGUAAGAAGAAAAUAAGUAAUAAUUAUGUUUGUUAAUCAAUUUGUUGUUACGGUAAUGAAUAAGAAAAGAAAAAAACUCUAUUUAUCAAUAAUUUGGGAAUCUUUUAUCCCA